AUGGAUGGGUCGGACACACCUUCCAUCCCGGUCGUGAAAACCCAGUCCGGAUCUGCAGACUGUUCCAGGACGCUGCCAGAGGCGCUGCUGAGGGCUAAGGACGCACUCCGCAGCCCCAAUCCUGCCCGCGCCCUGUCCCGUUCCCCGCGCACUCGCUCCCCAAGGCUCCCAGGGCAGCGGGCGCGCACCAUGCUGCCCAGCGCUGUGGCCGCCCAGGCAGGAGCCUACUGGGAUGUGGUGGCGUCCUCCGCACUCCUCGGCCUCCCUGCGCCUGGCUUUGGCAGUCUGGGCAAGAGUUUCCUGAUCGAGAACUUGCUGCGCGCAGGGGCCGGGCCCACGCACGCGCCCCCGCCCCCGCGCCCAGCUCCGGGUCCCGAGUGUCCGCAGCUGCGGUCGCUGCCUGCCAACCCAGUGCCGCUCAAGCUGUGCCCGGCCGGACCCUUUGGUGCGCGCUGGGCCUUCCAGAUGCCCCCUGGCCGGGCUCCGGGAGAGCGGGACAGUGCCUUCCAGCCCUCAGCCCCAGUGCCUUCCAAACCCUUUCUUCUGAGCGCCGGGCCAUUCUACUCUGCGUGCUGCGGUGGGUCCUGCAGGCGCCCAGCCUCCCCCACAGCUUUUUCAAGAGAGGAGCACGGGCUGCCUCUGCUGACCCAGGACUCAAAUUCCAAAGCUCGAAGGGGGAUUUUAAGAAGAGCUGUGUUCUCGGAGGAUCAGAGGAAGGCCCUGGAGAAAAUGUUUCAGAAACAGAAAUACAUCAGCAAAACAGACCGAAGGAAACUCGCCGUCAGCUUGGGACUGAAGGAGUCACAGGUGAAGAUUUGGUUCCAGAACAGAAGGAUGAAAUGGCGGAAUUCCAAAGAAAAGGAAGUGCUGUCCAGCAGGUGUCUCCAAGAAGUGAGCCUUCAGGAAGACAGGCUGGCACGGCCUGCUGCGGGCUGUCCUCCACAGUGCCCUUCAGUGUGGGAAGUCUCCCAGCCACACUCCAGUCCGAGCUGGAGGGGAGAGUCUCCGGAAUCUGCGGAAAGACUGAGCCGGGAGAAUUCAGGGGUCCCAGAAGCAGGUUCACUCCGAGGUGCCUUGUACCUGUGUCCUGAGAAGGGACCUCGAGACGAGGAUGGACUCUGUAGCACCAUAUGACAGGAGCGUGCUCCAUGUUCAUUGAAAAGGACCCUUAGCCAGUAACAUUGGGAUUAAAGCCAGUUAGACCGUGCCUCAAAACUGCCUUAAACUAAUACCUUGGUGUGAUGUCUGAGCCAUUGCCUAAGGAGAGCCACCCUACUGCUUCUUAUUUAGCCCUAGACGAAGGAUCAAUGUGUAAAUGGAAUAGAACCUUCCAGAAGCUAUGACAAGACUGAAAGAAGAGCCAGGAUCAGCCCAGAGCCCGUUCUGGUUACCUGUAUAUGUGCCUGUGCCUACGUGUUUGUAUGUAUAUGCUCAUUAAAUACAUCAGCAGAAACUAGCUCUC